CCUGCAGAGCGGGUUCUGUAGUCUAUCUCUUCUGCAUCUGACGGGGAACAGUUGUGGUCAUGGCAAGAACUAAGCAGACAGCACGUAAGUCAACUGGCGGUAAAGCGCCUAGGAAGCAGCUCGCUACUAAAGCUGCCCGUAAGAGCGCUCCAGCCACCGGUGGCGUGAAGAAGCCUCAUCGUUACAGGCCCGGUACCGUAGCGCUGAGAGAAAUCCGGCGCUAUCAAAAGUCCACCGAACUGUUGAUUCGUAAGUUGCCUUUUCAGCGUCUGGUGAGAGAAAUCGCUCAGGACUUCAAGACAGAUCUGCGCUUCCAGAGCUCCGCCGUCAUGGCCUUGCAGGAGGCCAGCGAGGCUUAUUUGGUCGGACUUUUUGAGGACACGAAUCUGUGUGCCAUCCACGCCAAGAGAGUCACCAUCAUGCCCAAAGACAUUCAGCUGGCCCGCCGCAUCCGUGGAGAACGCGCUUAAACUACGUCACCCACAUCAACCCAAAGGCUCUUUUAAGAGCCACCUAAAUUCCACUGAACGAGACAUUUUCCUUUGUAAUAGUCCUUUCUACAGUAAUCUUGAUGCGAGGAAAGGAAAUGGCACAGAUUAGAAAACCCGCUAUGGACGUUAUAUGCGCUGAAACGACAAGGACGAACUCUAUACGGUUUCGGUUGUUAAAUUCGUGUAGUUAAUAAUCCAAACCCCACUUUUUUUCCAAACAAAGAGUUCAUCUUCCAAGACUCGACGCAUCAUGUAAAUUGAGAAGUAAUGUGUUUUUUGUUGGACAACAGUCUAACUACAGCCUGCAAGAUUCAGUGUGAAAACGAAGGAUAUUCUUUAUUUACGUUUUCUAUGUAGCCCUAAGUAUUCUUUAUGUCGAUACGGUUAAACUGUAAUUGCAUGCACCGUAUGCUUGCCCUAAGAUAAUUACAAAAAUGGUCAGGUUUGUCAUUUCACAUUUUGGCAAAUGGGUUUGCUUGUUUUUCGCGUCAUUUGCUGAACAAUUUAGCGACAAGACAAAAAUAACAAUGGAGGGGGAUGUGCAUGCGUGACUUCCACAUUUCACAGGAAGAACACUAUGCCGUUUCCGGCUGGGGAGACUUAAAGCAGAGAGAAAUGGAAAAGUUAGAAAGUAGUUAAUUUUUGCAGAUGCUGUAUUGCUGCACACAGCACUGGUAUAUAGAAGUGCUGUUCUACCGUAUUUGAAAGGAUACAUUUAUAAGUUAACAUUUCGUUAUAACAUUCAAAUACUGUAGAACGCCACUUCUAUACUGUGUGUGGAAGAUGGAAAAAAUAGAAAAGUUGCAUUUAGCAGAUGCUGUACUUUGUGGCCAUUUUCAUUUCUCUCUGCUGUAAGUCUCCCAAACCCAAUAGGGGCUGGUGGCUGCAGCCGAUGGGGCGAGUGAAGCUUCUGACCUCAACCCGGAAGUAAUUUAUGAAACUGCGCUGUUUUAAUGUCAAUACUUGUAAUGUUUUAAUGCUACAAAAUUAUUGUUUAAAUGUUAUUAAAUACCUUUAAUGUUAAUAAAUCCAGACAUUGCUUCCAGGCUUGUAUUUAGAAAGUAAACAUUAUAAUAGUUAGCAGUGAACAAUAAAUUAAACAUCAAAUAAAUUAAUUUUUAUAAAAAUGAAAAACGUGAACACAUAUCAUUUAGGAAUUUUAUAUUUAAAGCAAAAUAACAUACAAAACAAUCACGGUAAAAUGUUGAAUAAUUUCCACAAAUUAAGUUUUAAUUGUUUUGAGUAAAAAACACAAACUAUAUUUACAAAACACAUCAACUGCAAGUAACAGUAAAUAACGAUCAACGAACGUUCUUCUCCUUCUUUUCUUUUACUGGCGGGUCGCAACCAACAUGUUUAUGUGUCGCCACCUAUGGUACCAGGGUGUAUAACAUCAGGGUUUUCAGUACUUCGGUGGAUUAUAUAAAAAAUCUGAUUUUCUAAACCUGUAUUUUAAAGAAAUUCAUGCAACAUCAGCUAACAUUGGUGAGACAUCAAUAUUGAUCGUCAAAAAUAUAUAAAUCCAUGGUGUUUAUUCAUCCUUUUUGCGUAAUUUCACGGAAGCCACAUGCGUUGUGCUUGCAUUGCACGUUAAAACGGCGUCAGUCUGCAAAUAGUGUAGGGAUGCUGAGAUAAAAUUACCCGAGUUAAAGUUCGAACUUCGGAGAGCUCAGCUACGCCAUUUUGCCCCUUCUUUAUUGUUGAGUGGAGGUGACGUAUUUCCUGAUCGAGAGUGGCGCUCCACUCGCCCUAUCGGCUGCAGAUAGACCCCUCUCGAAAAGAUUUGGUUAAAAAAAUAUGAAGAUGGUGGUAUAAAUGCAAUUGAUUUUGAUAUUGUAAAUGGUGUUUUAAAAAUUUGAAAUGGUUAAAGUCCUACAUCCAGAAUAGUCAUUCCUUUUUGGUAUAUUGUCCCCAAUGCAGUUUUAAAAAAAUAGGGGGUAUAAGUUUUCUGUUACGUUGUGAUUUUGAGUGCUCGUCUUUACCAGUUAAACUCUCCAAUUUUCACCAGCAAGUGCUUCUCUUCUGGAACCUAUUGUUUAAACAUAACUUUACACCUCAUAACACUCCUAUUUGGAAUAACAGAUAUAUAAAGCUGGGUAGAAAAUCUGUUUAUUGUGAGAAAUGGAAAGCAAAGGGGAUUUGGGCUGUUGCUCAUUUUUUAGAUGAUAAAGGUAACCUGUUACGACAUGAGGAUUUUUGCGAAAAAUUUCAACUUCAAUGUACUUAUAAUAUAUAUAACAGAAUGUUUUGAGAUUGAUGGUUAAAGAAGAUAUUGUACUCCAAAAUGUUUCCUGUACUUAGACAGCUCUCCUUAGAAGGUAUUGAAUUUGGUGA